ACAGAAAUUCACCCACCAUCUCCGCGUCAAGUCUUUUGCGAAAUGCUCUACCUCUCUCUCUUCUUUUCACUGAGUAAAUUACACCCGAUUUAGAAACUGCAUCUUGUCAUUAAUUGCAGACUGCAGUCAUCUCAGUCGAGUAGCUCGAGUGAGCGAAGAGAUACAAGAUCAGGAGAAGUGGUAUCUGGUUGACACCUAAGAUAUAAUUGGAGCUACAGCUUCUCAUCAUUUCGCUCAGGGCUUCAGAAUGAAUAAUGCUAUGUAAGGACGAGUCUUUGCUUGAGCUUUAGAGACUAUAUUUCUACUCAUUUUUACAUUACUAUGUAAUUGAUUUAAUUUCAUCGUGAAAAUUGUCGCAAACGAAACCUCAAAAGUUUACCCCGCAUUCCGUAACCUACCGCACCCAGCUUUGAAGCUUAUCGCGAACUCGAUUUUAAGAAGCUUUAGACCAGGGGAAAAGCCCUGGCACAAAGAGAAAUCUUAAGGUGCAUAAAGAAUUUUAACAUGACGAUAAAUGACGACACAGUUGUUUCAAUUUAGGUCUUUAUUGGGAAGUUAGCACUAAAGUCGAGACAUUCUGGAAGAGAUCUCCUCAAGGCUUUAACUGUUGCAUGCGAAAUCUAGGUGACAGGACUACUUUUGAUACUUUUGAUCAAAUAUAGAUUUACAAAAUCAAUUGGCACAUUAUAGCUUCGUUAUAUGCCUUGCCCUCAGAAUCACCAUCGAAAUGACAUUGUUUACUACACUUUUUCUGCUUCUCUCAAUCUCACUCAUCAACGCGCAAUCAAACAUGGUGCCGAUAACUUGGUCUUCGGUUGUUUAUACAUACUAUGGGGAGAUUACACCUACAAUCGUCAAUGCUACUACUCCUACUCUCACUCCUCUCGGGGCUACUCAGCUUUAUAAUUCUGGAUCCAUCAUCCGCGACCGUUACCUAAAUUCUACCGCAACUCAGCUUACUCUUGGACAACCAAUCAAUGGCCUAAGCGAUCAAUAUAUCAUCAAUAACCAACUACAAGUAUGGAGUACAGGUGAUGAGUAUGUGGUUGCAAGUGCUCAAGCUUUUAUGCAGGGGCUUUAUCCUCCUGUGAGAGGAGUACAGGGAACGGAUAGUGUAUGUCCUAUAUCUCAAUCUCAAUCUGCCCCUGCUUUUUGUUCCCGUCUCCCGACUCUUGGUAUUUCUGUACCACUUUGGCCAAUUACUAAAUUUAAAAAUUGCGCGGGAGCAGGUACUAGCCAAUGGCUCAGUUAUCAACUAUCCUCUUGGUGGUUAUCAGUAUCCCAACAUCAACUCGUUGGGUGAAAUGGAUUACAAUUAUAUCUGGUAGACACUCCUCUCUUUUGUGUUGGUCUUUUUCGCUCUUUGUAGAAUAUCCGCUGAUUUUUUCCAAGGAUUGCAGGAAAUGGUCAAUGUAGAACUUAUGAUAUUGCAACGGAGUUUACAAAGACAUCCCAUAAUUCAACAUCUUUGAUUGCUAGCACUGAGUAUUUUUACCUCUCUCUUGCCAAUACCUUUUUCGCUGGCAUUGAUACCUCUAUGAUUAACUAUGGAAACGCAAUCGAUCUUUACUACCACGCCCUCUAUCAGUAUAACCAUAACAGUUCUAUAGCCGACAUGCCCAAUUCUCUCGGUCUUUUGCAAACGCUGAAUGGUUUUGCGUCAGAGCAAGCUAUUUCUUUCAAUACACCAAGCACUGGCUCCAGUAUUCAAUAUAUCGCUGGUCAGACUUUCGCAUCGAAAAUUAUUCAACAGUUCCAGCAGACCAUCUCGAGUUCUGGGAUCAGCGACAAGCUAUCUCUUUAUUUCGGGUCUUACGAGCCGAUGUUAGCGUUCUUUUAUCUCUCAUCUCUCUCAACUUCGGAUGUCACAGGAAGACGCUUCUCUAUGUUUCCGGACUACGGAAGUGUAAUGGCAUUCGAGUUGUUUAGUUAUGUUGAGGAAGGACGAUACGAUUCAUCAACUCAUUUCCCAAAUGCGAAUGAGUUAUGGGUAAGAUUUAUAUUCCGAAACGGAACUUCAAAUACCGACCCUCUAAUAUCUUACCCCCUUUUUAACCUCGGCAAUUCGGAGGUGGACAUGAAGUACAAUGAUUUUGUAACAGAGAUCGGAAAUUUCGCCAUGAACGAUUUAAGCGACUGGUGCAGUGUCUGCGCCUCCAUUUCUUUGUUCUGCGAGGCAAUUCUCAGUAACGAGUCUUCCGAUUCCGAUCCAAAAAAUAGUAACGUUUUACGAUCAAAAGCGGUAAAUGGUGUGGUUGGUGGAAUCAUUGGUGCGAUUGUCACUCUGGUAGUUUUGAUUCUAGUUGCUUUGAUACUUGCACUCCUUGGCUUCAGGAUGCAAUACCGUGAGAAGAAGCUCACGCAUUCCGUGGGAGGAGUCGGCAUCCUGAAACGGGGCUCAUCCGCUGGUGGUGGAGGAUUUAAAGGUCCGGAGAAACUCGCUUCAGAUACAGAUCUUAAUAUAGUUCAUGAACCUCGAGUUGGUGCUACCGUAAAGCACGAGAGAGCCGGCAGUUGGGAAAUGGGUAAUGCGCCUGGAAGCAAUAGUACACGCUUGGAUAAAGGAUCUAAUUGGGGUCAUGAAACAGUAGUAAGUGUUGCGGAUUACAAUAGAAGAAGCGAAGAUGGAAUAGGAAGUCACGAUCCUUGGGGAAUGGGUGUACAGGGCAAGGACUAUGUUUGAUCUGUGCUAAUGUUUAAUUCGACAACUUAAGAAUUCUUAGACUGUCAGGUGGGCUGCUUAUAUGUUCUACUUUUUCCACAACUUUCUAUGGUGCUAGGGAGUCCUGAUUGUAGAGCAUGGUUUUUGUCAUUGGUAGAAACAUGUUGAUAUUGCUGUUCUCACAGGGUCGAGCAAAUGGGCAAAUCAGGCCGGAUAAUCUAGGCCAUGCAAAUUGGAAAUUGAGACACCGAGUAUCUUUCUGUUUCUUAUUCCCUUUUCAAUGUUAUGAUACCUGUUUUCUACAUGUUAGAAGUCAAGUUGGAGAUAGUGAAUGACGUCUACCUCAAAAUGCAAUGUUUCUAGAAAAACACCCUUAAUUUUCGCUCCAUAUUUGAUGGCUUUCAUAAAGAUACAUGGACACUGUUUGAGUCAUUAUUGAAAAUACCUUCUAGAGGUUUCACCCUGACAUUCUGCGAACAGUUGUGCCGUCUAAUAUAAUAAGCAUUAGUAGAAUACAAUAGGGUUGGACGAAAGAUAGAGUAUAGUCUAGUACCCUACUUUCGGACCAUACAUAACAGCACACAACAGCGCUUGGCCAAUUCUCAUCAUUUUUACAUCCCCUUGGUGGGUAUACUUUGAACUAGGCUUUAACAUCAGCUAC